ACCCGUCAUUCUCAGCCCUCCCUCACUCCUGGCCCAUUCUGGACCUCACCAAGAAUUAUACAAACCUGUCCCCCUAACCACUGCAGUCUGCGCUGCUUCAGUGGGAAGAAGCAUUUUUCUGCUCUAGACUGAAGCGAAGGCAGCCCUGUGAUGAGUUCAAUUGCUCCUCCAAAUAGAGGUGCACGAUAUUACUCCCCUUCCCCCCAUUUUUAGUGUAAGCUUAGAGCACUUGCUGUCUAACCUCCCACCCAGACCCAGCAGAAAUCGUGACUGUAGGCAGCCGAGCGUGGCUUAGACCCCUUUGCAUCAAAAUCAAGCCUCUUAUUAAAAGUCAAACAUGGGGCUUAUUAUUUUCACUUUCAUUUUUAAAACAGGAAUUCUUCCUUUUAUUUUUUUAACCCACCACGCCUCCGCCGCCCGGAACACGCACUGCAGGAAGGGAAGAACGAGGUCUGGAACUGCCCAGGAGCUGCUGCCACUUUGAGCGAGCGCCCUUUUGCCCGCGACAGUGUGAACAGAAGGGGCUCGGGAUCUGCGCGUGAAAUCUCCGCGCACUCAGCCAGGGUCGCUGCAAACGCCGCCGCCGACUCCUCCUGCAGCGGGACAGACUGGAGCCAAACAACACAAAUUAUUCAGCAUCUACCGUGGAAAUGGCACCAACAUGGGCCCCGGCUGUUGGUUUCACGCUCUUGCCCCAUGUUGGAGGGUUUUUGGGAGGCAUGAUAACAAAGAGAGAAAUCCCCAUAUGGUAUGAAUCACUACAGAAGCCAUCCUGGCGCCCACCUAACUGGAUGUUUGGCCCUGUCUGGGGAACUUUGUAUACAUCAAUGGGAUAUGGUUCUUACCUGGUAUGGAAAGAGUUGGGAGGUUUCAAUGAAGAUUCAGUGGUUCCACUUGGGCUGUAUGCAGGGCAGCUGGCAUUAAAUUGGGCAUGGACUCCCAUCUUCUUUGGAGCUCACAAAAUGGGAUGGGCAUUGGUUGAUCUCCUACUCACUAGUGGUGCAGCAACAGCUACAACUGUCACCUGGUACCAUGUCAACAAGAAAGCAGCAUAUUUGAUGUUCCCUUAUUUAGCUUGGUUAACUUUGGCUUCUGUGCUAAAUUACCGCAUUUGGAAAGACAAUCAAAAUAAGAAGCAAUCUUAGUACAGAAGCUUCUUGCAGCAAAUAUCAAAGGCAGAAGGUUUUUUUAAAAUGCAUUUUUCCAAAUAAAAUUACAAUCCUGUUUUACUA